AUGAACCGUAAUUCCACGGACCUAUUCACGUUUGUCACUAAAAAACAGGACCUGGACGUGCUGCGAAAGGCGUCUAUAAAAAGGCGCGAUGGUGGCUCGCCCGCCGCGCUGCCCACACCAGACCCCGGCCACUUCCAGUCUACCAGCCAGACCGCAAAACCAAAAACUCGUAUCUCAAACUCUACCCUGGGGGCUCCUGCACUGGCAAGUCACCAACAGCACCACCACCAGCACCGAAACCCUGGCUACGCCAGCAGCGCCACCAACCGGUCGUCCACGUCGCUAAGCAGCGUAGAAUCGAAACGGUCGUCGUCCUUCUCCAGCCUCGGCCCGCGCACCGCCACAGGGUCCGUGUCUCUUCACGACUUUGAACACCGGGUGCCUACUCCGUCGUCCUCCGCAUCUUCUGUCAUGUCGGCCCCCCCUGCACCACAACCCCGCAACAAACAAGGUUGCACCCAGCAAGGUUUGGACGGGCCCGCAGGAGCUCGAGUGUCAGCAAGCGGGUCAAAUAGCAGCGUCAACGCCUCACUCCACCCUCCCUCCACUCCCCGAUCCAAGCUCCAUCUGGUCCACGGAUCGCCGCUGUCUCCCGAUCUCUCGUCCGACGACGACGACAAUGGCUUUAUAGCCUUCAUUCCGACCAACAAGAUGGGAAACUCGAGUGUCUCGACUUUGCAGAGCCAUCACAAUGCCCUUAGUGGGCAGGCGCACCAAAACGGCAACGGCGAGCCCAUGAUGCACAAGUCAAACUCGCUCAAGGCUGUCAUCAAGUCAGCCACCAGCAAGGGCUCGUCACGUGUCAGCUCCUCCAGCUCCUCUUCCACCUCCCACCACUCCCCCUCCUCCAGAAACUCGUCCAAAUCAAGACACUCCUCCUUGACCGGCCAGCAGCCCACUUUUUCGUCCCAACCGCCCCAACCGUCAAGCCAGCUCAACCCGUCACACUCCAACCCCACGAACAUGUCCACUAAGCCGGUCAAACAGACCGUGUCUGCCUCGGCCACAUCCAGCAGCCUGGACCAAAUCACCCCCCAUGAUCGCCGCUGUCUCCCGAUCUCUCGUCCGACGACGACGACAAUGGCUUUAUAG